UCUGCUGACGCCAUCAAAACCCCUCCUUGCUCUCCUCAUUCCGGCGAGCUCGCCUCAAGGCAUCCUGCCUCAAAGCAUAAGCAAGCCAGCCGCCAUCCCCGGACUCCCGCAGUACCGGGCUGGGCGUGGAUUCCGCGAAGAUCUACCCGGACUCCCGCAGGUUCAGUAAUGACAUUAGUGGAUUAUAUUGACUUGGACUAUGAUGAGUAUUAUGUCAAAUUAGAUGUUAUUGAUUUGACCACUGAUGAAGAUACAUCCAAGGGAAGUACAAGGUAUUGCAAGAACCACGACAGUGCUUCAAAGGGCUGCAUGGUUCAAGGUUGUACAAAUGUUGCACAUGGAGGCACACCUCUAUGCAUUUGCCAUGGUUCAAGGAUGCACAAAAAGAGGGGCUGUGCUGUCAGUGGAUGCACCAAGGGAGCGUGUAGUGGCAGUCAAGGCCGCACAGACCGUUGUGUGAAGCACGGUGGCGGCAAGAGAUGUAAAUAUGAUGGUUGUGGGAAGGGUGCUCAAGGGAACACGGAUUUUUGCAUUGCGCAUGGUGGGGGAAGGCGUUGCAAGUUUCAAGGAUGCGGGAAAAGUGCACAAGGGCGAACUGAUUAUUGUAUCAAACAUGGUGGCGGCCGACGCUGCAUGGUUCUAGGAUGUAACAUGAGUGCAGCAUAUGGGACUGAUUUCUGCUCUAUGCAUAGAACAAGUUUGCUGAGUGGCUAUAAUUCUGCCCAUGAAAUGCUGCCAGCACCAGCGCCUGAAUGUCGGGCCAAGGAGGCAGAACCAUCCAAAAGAAGAAACUCACACUCAGUGACUGGAGGGGAAAGGGCUCAAAAAAGGCAGAACACCGAUGAAUAUGUUAACAACAUUAGAAGCUUCAGUGAUGUUGAGAUGGUAGAGGAAAAGGGCAGAGUUUUGAUUUGUCAGAAUAAUACGCUGAAGGCACAGUGAGUAAUGAAUUUUUAGCUUGUUUCUAAGUUUUUUCCGCUCGCCGUUCUCUGGAUUGCAUAGGCCAUGUCUGAAACCAC